AUGAAACUGCUGAACCACGUUCCUUCAUACAACCAACUUCUCAAUUUAAAAAUCAGUAACAUGGACGCACGUGGUGAAACAUCAGCAAUAGCAUAUAACAACUUUAUCUCAACUCAAUUUAACUUAAUCACGCUAUCUAAGAUUAAAAACAACAUCACGCCUUAUACGAAGAAAAAGGUUAUUGCCAAAGAAAAGAAAUAUAGGCAUGUAGUCGGAAACUUGGUAAUUGAAUGCUUAGAUCAAAUCAACAAAUACAAAGCCAAAUUAACCCAAAAAAUCAUUAACAUGUGUGCACUGACAUUUUUCGAGAUAAACUCGAAUAUUUUGUUAAUUGACUGUUUUGAUACCCAUAUCUAUAAGUUUUUGGUCAAAGAAUCUCAUUUACAGAAAAUAACACGUGCCAGAGCCAAAUUAGACCAAAUUGAAUACAUCAUUCAACGACUAUCCGUAAUUCUCGACGUAUUGCAUUCGCUUCCUGAUUGUUCUGAUUCGUUGGUCUCAUUUAAUUUUGGCGAACUCAUUACCGAACACCAAAACAAUACAACAUCGUCAGAGAUCAAAGCAAUUGACGCCAAGAUUGCUGACUUCAAACAAAAAAUCUCUGAAGAAAACACAAUUUAUUCUCAAAUUAUUCAAUUUUACUUAAGCUCUGAUGUCAAUGAGCUAAGUUUUAAUGAUAUCAUCAGUUUUUGCAGAAAUUCUUCGCAAUCAUCACAAGAAUAUUGUCUACUCUUUGAUGAAUUGAUUUCUUUUGCUUGGCAACAGAAAGAAUACCCAUUUACGACCACCAAAUUCACUAAUUUAGAUAAGCUUCGAGAGACUACCAUUGCAGAUUUCAUUGUUGGAGAAACAGAUAAAACACAAAUCAAAAAUAUCACAGAAAGUUGGAAAUAUUAUCCUGUUGUUCAGAAAAUCGAAGAGCUUGGAUUCGAAAUCAGCCCACGAAACAUGAUAAACAUACUUUGGGAUGCUUGUUCAAUGAUUCCAAAGCUUAUCAACAAAAGUGACGCAGAAUUUGACCAAAUUUUCCCAAUAUUCGCUGCUGCUUUCUCAACUGCUGCUUUAAGUUCUCGAGAAAACCUUCUUUCUUAUAUUUACGAUUUCGCCAAUCAGAGUUUGGGAUCUCCUCAAGCAUCUUUCAUUGCUACGUAUAUAGAGACUUUGAAUUGCCUUGCUAAGCAAUAUUAA